UUCUCUUCUCCGAUGACGGAAGGAAUAAACGGAUUUUCAUCACCGAGAGCGGAUGUUUUUCCGGCAGGACUUCGUGUACUUGUCGUCGAUGAUGAUCCUACUUGGUUGAAAAUACUCGAGAAGAUGCUUAAGAAGUGCUCGUAUGAAGUUACUACAUGUGGACUAGCUAUAGAGGCUCUGGAUCUGCUUCGGGAAAGAAAAGAUGGGUUUGACAUUGUAAUUAGUGAUGUUAACAUGCCUGACAUGGAUGGUUUCAAGCUUUUGGAGCAUGUUGGGCUUGAGAUGGACCUUCCUGUCAUUAUGAUGUCUGUUGAUGGAGAAACAAGCAGAGUUAUGAGAGGUAUCCAACACGGGGCUUGUGAUUAUCUUCUGAAGCCAAUUCGAAUGAAGGAACUAAGAAACAUAUGGCAGCAUGUUUACAGGAAAAAGAUACAUGAGGUGAGAGAUACUGAAAGUCAUGAAGGCCUUGAAGAGAUGCUGAUGAUGAGAAAUGUGUCUGAACAAUCUGAUGAUGGAUACAUGCUUUGUGGGAGUGACAUGACACCAGGUAAGAAAAGAAAAGAUGCUGAACAUAAGUACGAUGACAAAGACUUCGCCGACCAUUCUUCAGUCAAGAAAGCAAGAGUUGUUUGGACUGUGGAACUUCACCAGAAAUUUGUCAAAGCUGUGAACCAUAUUGGUUUUGAAAAAGUUGGUCCUAAGAAAAUACUCGACCUCAUGAAUGUCCCAUGGUUAACAAGAGAGAAUGUUGCAAGCCACUUGCAGAAAUAUCGCCUCUACUUAACUAGGUUACAGAAAGAUGAUCUAAAAACAUCAUCUAGUGGGCUAAAGCACCCAGAUUUCUCUCCAAGAGAUGCAGCUGGAGACCGUGCGGAUCAUAUAAAGAUGCAACAAAAUGAAGCUAAUAGCUACCGAGCUCCCAGCAACCUUCUUCUCCAGAAUGCUAAUUCCAGAAUCCAUGAAGUUGAUCUCAAAGGUACUGCUUCAUUGCAGACAAUAGAACCCAAAAAAGUAUUAACUGGUUUUGCAGCCAAGAGUCACAAGGCCAGCAGUUCAAACAUUGGAAUUAGCCAUUCUUUUGGAUCAACGCAGUACUCAACAUAUAAUUCUGUGUUGCCAACUCAGUACUCAUGGAAUGAAGGUUUUACAGAAAUCCAGUUCAAACAAGAACGCAACCCACAGUUUCAGGUGGAAAAUGGCUUUGCCGAUCUGGGACUGCCUACUCUCCAACAACACAACCAAGUAAAUUUGCAGCCGAUGCAGUCCAUUGCAAAUGGACUUUUCAGUAAAGAAAGAGACAAACAGGCAAAAUCAAGCAGUGGAACCAAGUCAUCUUUUGGCUCCUACUCUGUGCCAUCCCAGAACCUUACGCCAAGUUUCCAACCUCCUGAUCCAAGUUUCCAACCUCCUGAUCCUGUCACCAGUUCAACAUGGAGCCUGAAAGAUGAUCACAGUUUAGAACAAACUUCCAUACAUAAUCUGGAAUUGUCCGCUUUUUUCCUUCAGGGUCAGCAUUGCUCUUCAACAAAUCUCGACAUGCAAAACAAAGUGCCCGAGUGUAAUGAUCCAGAGUUCAUUGCUGAAGUUCCUUCAAACUUGUAUGAUGCACUAAGAUUUGACUAUGAGUAUCCUCCUGACUCAUUGGAAUAUCCUGUAAUAGAUCAAGGCCUAUUCAUAGUCUGAUCUUGCUAUCUUGAUCCAGUGAGAGCUUCUGCUCAUCAUCAUCAUAUGAAACUCGUAGUUAUGCUAUUUAUUAUCCCACACUACGCACUUUCAAGAAGCAUCUCAUCAAGUGUACUCUUCUACAAGAACUUGAAACAUGAUAUGGGCUAGAAGGAUCCUCUUCAGCAAGAAUUGGAGGUGCUCUACUGGACAACGGAGAGGCUAUUUUGUUUGGGUACAUACAUUGAUCCUUUGCAACACAUUAGGUAGAAACUUGUUUCUUAAAAGAUAGAAUAAUACGUUAACUUGCAUACAAAUAUGUAUUACUUGACAAGAGCCAAACAAAAAAUCAUUACAGCAUCUAACGCUUAAAUGAUGUUGAAAGAAGCAAUCAACAAACAACACUU